CCCACACGUGAGACUCAUGUGACGGAGGCGCGUCGGCCCUGGAGGGGAGUCACACGGCGUGUCGAACACGUAGUCAGUCCACCCACACGGCGGCAUUUAACAGAGAGCAGAGGCGGGACGGCCGCUCACUGCGCCUGGGUGUCGAGGCUCGAAGCACCUCGCUUUAGCAUAAUCACAAGGAUAACUGCCGUAUUACUAAAAAUUACGAACGUGAUGCAAAGAGAAAGCAAAAUUCGCACUUGUUAAAAAGCCGUAUUCACCGCACAUUGAAUUGAUUUAAUAAUACGGUACAUUUUUAGGAAGACGAAGCUGAGCUCUCGCACGCCACGGCCCGGGGGCACUUGCUCGGCACGCACGGUCUCGCACUUUCGACUUUGGAGUGUAUGAAGAGCGGGUGAGCGCGUGGGGACAGUUUGCGCGGAAGAACAUGGAGAGGAUCACGAGCGCGCAGCCGCCUCCUUGUAUGGAGAUGUCGGACGUGCAGCGGAUGGAGUUCCCUCUGUACAUGUACAAAUCCAGGAGGGGGAUGAAGCGCAGUGAGGACAGCAAGCUGCCACAUCGACUCAUCGAGAAGAAGAGGCGUGACAGGAUAAACGAGUGUAUUGCUCAGCUGAAGGAUUUAUUACCGGAGCACCUUAAACUUACAACCCUGGGACAUCUGGAGAAAGCUGUGGUUCUGGAGCUCACUCUGAAGCACGUGAAAGCCCUGACAAGUCUUCUGGAACAACAGCAGCAGAAAAUCGUGGCUUUGCAGAACGGCCUGCAAAUUGGUGAGCUGCCCAGCCCCAGCUCGGAGAGCAACGAGGAGAUGUUCCGUGCUGGCUUCCACCUGUGUGCCAAGGAGGUCCUUCAGUUUCUGUCCAACCAGGAGGGUGGCGAGGAGGUAACACCUUCUCACGUGGUCAGUCACCUGCAAAAGGUUGCGUCAGAGGUGCUGCAGGGUACCCCCAGCCCUCGCACAGAGGAGCCUGUCCACAAAGGCAUGGAGCACAAAGAGAAGUUGGCUGGGCAGCAGCCCAAGGGCUCCGAGGGCCACGGGAGGAACUGUGUGCCUGUCAUCCAGAGGACUUACACCCAGGGCGGAGGUGGCGAGCAGAGCGGCAGCGACACAGACACUGACAGCGGCUAUGGGGGCGAGCUGGAGAAAACAGACUGUAAAACGGAGCAGGCCGGCUACUAUGAAAAAGAGUGCCAGCUGCGCUAUGCGCUGGCCGAGCGGAUGGCGGGCGCCAUCAAGCAGGAGACGGAUGAACCGCAGGCCAAGCGGCUGAGGGCAGAGUCUUCCGAGGACGAGUCGCUCUUGGGCGGGGAGGCAAUUGGCAUCCAUGGCAGCUAUGUGGGCUUGUCCCCACAUCAGCCUCCACUUUGCAUGCCCUUCUACCUCAUCCCUCCCUCUGCUGCAGCCUAUUUGCCCAUGCUGGAGAAGUGCUGGUACCCCGGAGCCAUGCCGGUCCUUUACCCCGGCCUCAGCACGUCAGGGGUGAGCAUUUCCCCAGAGAAGCUACCCCAGUCAUUCGUGAUUUCCUCGAGGGUGGGCUCCCCAGGGGUCCCCCAAACCACCAUGGACUCCCCAGCUUUGCUUCAGGCACUGAAGCAGGUACCCCCCUUGAACAUGGAAACCAAAGACUAAGGAUGUCGUGGAGCUCUUCCUUUGCGUGCACGACAGCCUGCUGUAAGACUACUGGCGCUAGGAGGACAGCAGCAGCAGGUCAGACGCCACAUCCUUUCUGAGUAGCAGGAAUAUGCCCCCCACCCCCCAAGAGCCUUGCUUUCCCACGAUGAGUGCACAGCCUCACCUCAGUCGGUGGGUUCACAGUCCUCUUCUCCCAGCCAUAAGAGAGCAAAAUGGGAUUUUGGGGAACUAGUCGGCCCGGGAGAAGCUGGGGGGCGCUUCAGAGUAGCACCACUGAGACACUGUAAAGGAGGGUAUGAGAGCGGGACAUGGCGGGGGGGGGGGGGAGAAAAGACUGAAAGGCCAAAAAGCAACUUUAUUUGCGAACAGGGAAAUGUCCUGUGCUCUUAAAGUGUUGAAUGUUCAUGGUAAGUCCUGAAUGUGAUGGCUACCCCCGGAAUGAUCAGGACCUGUCCUUUGCACACAUUUACACACUUGGUUGAAUGUAAAAUGAAAAUCCUGUAGAUGCUGCUUUCAAACUGUCCACACGCUGUAGUUCAGCCCCCUUUGGCUCUGUAGCUGCUGAAAGGGAAACGGUUGGCGCUUUUCACUUUCACAACAGACAUUUGCAAUGACCAUCUAAUGAUGCUGACCAGAGCCUGCAUUACUAAACAAGUCUCCAUGUUUCACCACACCCUUCAGCCAACCCGGAAAGCCACUCCCUUAGUCUCAUGAAGGCGGGUUUAAAGGUUGAAACUUUUCUACAAACCCCAUCUGUGCCAUUCUCGCAAAUAUUGCAGUGGGUGUGAACAUUUUAACUUUGCGUGUGGGAUCCAGUAACACGUGGGGCUACAGCUCAACCACGAUCGUUCCGUUCAUGACAUCAGAAGGGGUCCUCUUGUAAUUACUUUAAUACUUCUUGUAUAUCUCUAUUUUUGAUACAUCAUAAAGAUUCUGUAUUACCCAUUUUGACUGCAAGUUUUGACCGCCUUUCUAUGAGCAAAAAAAAAAAAAGAAGAAAGAAAGAAAAACAAACAUGUACAUAGCUUUCUGCUAAAUGUGAUCUGUGUAAUUCUCUGCAUACAUUUCUGGUCAAGUUCAGCCUGUUUUUUGUUCAUGCUGUUGCCUUUACUUGUGAAAGUUGAUAAGUGGGACGUGAACUUUAUUAAAUGUAUUUGUAUGAAUACUGGAGUAAAAAUUCUAGAAAGAAAAGUGAAUGUAAUGUUUUAAACCGAAGAAUAGUUUUGUAUAGGAAGAGGUACUUAAGAUUAUAUAUUUUGGGACCUACAAGAAGGUUGUUUGAUGUACAUAUUUUGUCUAUAAAUGCUGAUAUACAUUAUAUAAGCAUAUUAAUAAAGUAUUUUUUGUGCAAAGUU